CUCCAAACUAGCUCAGGGUUCGUACCACUCUUCCUUCAUGUUUCCAUCGUUAACCUAGAACGAUGUCAGCAAUAAUGGAUCAAGAUUCAUCAGGGAUGUUCAAGGUUCAGCAAACCAUUGGAAGUGUCGUGUGUUGCAAGUGUGGUGUUCCUAUGCCACCAAACGCAGCCAAUAUGUGUGUCAACUGUCUCCGCUCCCAAGUCGACAUCACCGAAGGCUUACAGAAGAGUGUCCAAAUCUUCUAUUGCCCUGAGUGUGGUUGCUACUUGCAGCCACCCAAGACGUGGAUCAAAGCUCAGUGGGAAUCCAAAGAUCUCUUGUCUUUCUGCAUCAACAGGCUCAAGAAGAAUCUCAACAAAGUCACGCUCACGAACGCUGAGUUCGUCUGGACCGAGCCUCACUCCAAGAGAAUCAAACUCAAGCUCACUGUUCAAGCCGAGGUACUUAACGGUGCCGCUCGUCUUCAGCAGUCUUAUCUCGUCGAGUAUACCGUUAGAGACCAUCUCUGCGAGUCUUGCUCGAGGUUCCAUGCCAACCCUGAUCAGUGGGUUGCUUCCGUUCAGCUUAGGCAGCAUGUUUCUCACAGGAGGUCUUUCUUUUAUCUCGAACAGUUGAUUCUCAGGCACGAGGCCGCUUCUCGUGCCGUGAGAAUCAAGCAGGUUCAUCAAGGGAUUGAUUUCUUCUUUGGGAAUAAAAGUCAUGCUGAUAGGUUUGUUGACUUUUUGGGGAAAGUUGUUCCCAUUGAGUAUCGUCAGGACAAGCAGUUAGUGUCUCACGAUGUCAAGAGCUGCUUUUACAACUACAAGUACACUUACUCUGUUAACAUCUGUCCUAUCUGCCGUGAGGAUCUUAUCUUCUUGCCUUCCGAAGUUGCUAGCGGGUUAGGAAACCUUGGUCCGCUCGUGGUGUGCACGAAAGUUUCCGACAGCAUCACCCUUCUUGAUCCUAGGACCCUGAGGUGUGCCUUCUUGGACGCCAGAGAGUACUGGAGAUCAGGGUUUCGAUCUGCUCUCACCAGCAGACAGCUUGUGAAGUACUUAGUGUUUUAUGUGCAUCCUCCACCUGUUGGCGGGCAAAAGUACGCUCUAACCUAUGUCGAAAUUGCGCGCGAGUCAGACCUUGGUAACUUGUUCACUGUCCAAACUCAUCUAGGACAUAUCCUGAAACCGGGAGACCAAGCUUUAGGGUAUGAUAUCUACGGUGCAAAUGUGAACGACGAUAAAAUGGAGAAGUAUCGUUUGCAUGGGCUGCUUCCCGAAGCGAUUCUUAUCAAGAAAUGUUAUGACAAGCAGAGAGAGAGGAAGGAAGGGAAGCCACGUGCGUUUACGACCAAGAAGCUUCCAAUGGAGAUGGAUGAGUCAAGAGGAGGAAGAGGCAGAGUUGAUCAAGAGAAGAUGGAGAAUGAAUAUGAAGAGUUUUUGAGGGAUCUUGAAGAGAACCCUGAGCUGAGGUUUAACGUAUCAUUGUACAAGAACAAGGAUUAUAUUCAAGAGUCUGAUGAGACUGCUUCAAUGUCGACGGAUGGAGAAAGUGCACCGACUGUGCCGAUUGAAGAGUUGCUUGCUGAGCUUGAGCUUAGUGAAGAGGAUAUGGAUGAGUAAUUUUCCUUCUAAAGCACACUCAAGGAUUGGGUUUUCUCUUUAGUUUUUGUCAAAAUUUUGUUCUAGCUAGCUUCAUAUUAUGGGUAUUAUAGUUUGUUUGAAAUUUUGAUUUUCGAACGUGUUAUAGUUGCAACUACGGUGGGUCAUACAGUGAAGCAAAACUUUGUUGCCAUUAUCAGUGGAGUGUAAAAGAAACAAAAUGGCUCACAU